CUGCCCUGCAUCCCAGAAAGAUAUCAAAACUGAAUUAUUCCCUCUUGCCAUUUUUUAAAUUCAACUUUCACAUCAACCAAGAGUCGCUGUCGCAUCUCUCAAAGAUUCGCCAAAUUUACGUUAUUCUUACUCAUUUCAUCGAUGUUUCCGAACGAUUUGCAACUUUGCAUAAGACUUGCUAUUUAUACUGGGAAACACGGAUUUAUUAUCAUGGUUUAUGUCUUUGUGAUCAUCUUUUGCUGUUUCCAUUUGAUGACAAAUGGCGAAGUGAGAAGUUUUGUUGGCAUGUCUAUGGCAGGGAUUAAUUUGACAUUAUCUAAAAAGGAACUUUCCAUCUGUAAAAACAACUUAUUAGAUUUAAAGGCAUAUCAUUACGAAAAUUGGGUUAGCAGAUCCUAUAACAGCCAGUUAUCAGAAAAAAGGACUUACCAAAAAUCGUGUCGUCUACUGAAAUAUACGACUGGACGUGCUGUAAAAUGUAUUGAUGCGUUAAAUGAAGAGCGCAUUAAUCAAGAAAAUCUAGUAAUGGAAAAUAACAGCAAAAUUUUUCAGAAAUUACAUUUCGUAUUCGUUGGAGAUUCAAGAAUGCGACAACAAUUUUAUAAUUUUUUGAAGCUUAUUCCUGACUACGAUCGAAAAACUCAGCCAAUAAAAACAGAAAACAACAGCAUGCUAUUUCAUCACCAUGACAUUGACGUUGAGAGUAAAAUUCUGAGACUGCUAGUCUCAUUUAAAUGGCGACCUAUUAUUAAUGAAACUGUCAUGGAAACGAUCCACGAAUGGGAAAUCUCGGAGAAAACGGAAAAACCACAUAUGAUUAUUUUAAGUAUAGAAGUGUAUCAUAUGUUAGAAGAAAAUGGCGGUGACUUUAAAAUGUUCGAGGAAAAAGCGAAACAACUCUUUGGAAUGCUCCAUAAAUUAAGUACCAACAGCCAGGUGAUUUGGCUCAACCAAUAUCCAACAAUAGACUUCGGCUUGAUGCCUCAUAUAUACAAAUUUGCGAUUAACUCAGAGAAGAUUCAUCAAUAUAACAAAGCUGUUCGUUACAUAAUCAAGAAUCCAAGCAAUAUCCGAAUUUGGGAUUCAAGUAAUACUUUGGCCGAGGAAUAUGUUCGUGGCUGUGUAAUUUUUCCAGAACGCGAAAGCGAAUUUUUUUUUUCAAAAACUAAAUUUGUCCCUUUUGAACCAAUUAAUACCAAACCCUAUAUCAAUUGUCAAGAUUUCAUACACAUUGGAUACGCAGCAUUGUCACAAGCAACACAAAUAUUUUAUAACGAUCUUUGCAAUGGAAAAGUUUAUUCCCUAGCUCCCUAGAGAGGGUAGUGUACUUAUUUAUUUUGUUUUUAAAACUUGAAGAAAGAUUGCAUAAAAACCAAGUUGAUGAAUUUUGAACAUUAUAUUUCAAAUUUAUCCAAAAAACAUUUGGUAUUUUUUCAUAAAUAAGUAUUUCAAAAUAAAGCAUCAUUAAAACAUACUUUUCUUAGUUAUUGUACUUAUUUUGUGCAAUUAUGUAUGUUGCGUUUUCCUUUGACAACGAUGUCUUCCCCAC